AUGGCCGGGCGCGGCGCUGCCGACCCGCCGAGGAGACCCGACCGCAGACGAGCGCGUUCCUGCUUAAAAGCGCACACUCAUGCGCCGCUGCGACUGACUCACGACACCGGCGUCCAGCCUACGCUGCCGACGCACGGCUCCUCGGCCGACAGCAGCCUACGCUGCCGGCGCACAGCUACGUUGCCGACGGAGCCCUACGCAGCCGACGCACGGCUCCUCGGCCGACAGCGGCCUACGCUGCUGGCCUGCCUCUUGAGGUCCCACCUGGUGCUUCAGCAGCUGGUCUCCGCCCACGCUGCCUGUACCUCCUGCCUGCGUGCCAGUCUCCAGGGAUGUCAUAACCUCCGCAAAAUGAUCAAAGUCAAGACAUUAAAAGUGCAGAUCAAAGGGACCGCAAGGUACCAGCAGAUCCUGCACCGGAACCUGGUGUACCUCGCCACCAUCGCGGACUCCAACCAGAACAUGCAGUCCCUGCUCCCAGCUGUGAGUCCGAACCACGUGUCCCUGCAGCCGACAGCACAGAGCACUCUGCCCACCACCUCCAUGAGCAUGUCGGGCGGCAGCCACAGCUCAGGGCCCGGCUACAGUCACGCGGGACCCGCCUCGCAGAGUGUGCCCUUGCAGGGCCAGGGCACUAUCGGCAACUACGUGUCUCGGACCAACAUCAACAUGCAGUCCAACCCAGUGUCCAUGAUGCACCAGCAGGCGGCCACGUCCCACUAUAACUCCGCGCAGGGCGGGAGCCAGCACUACCAGGGCCAGUCGUCCAUCGCCAUGAUGGGCCAGGGCGGCCAGGCCAGUGGCUUGAUGGGGCAGCGGCCCAUGGCACCGUACCGGGCCUCCCAGCAAGGCUCGUCACAGCAGUACCUGGGCCAGGAGGAGUACUACAGUGAGCAGUACAGCCACAGCCAGGGCGCCACGGAGCCCAUGAGCCAGCAGUACUACCCCGAUGGCCAUGGGGACUAUGCCUACCAGCAGUCGUCCUACACGGACCAGAGCUAUGACCGCUCCUUCGAGGAAUCCGCUCAGCACUACUAUGAGGGCGGAAACCCCCAGUACAGCCAGCAGCAGGCAGGCUACCAGCAAGGGACAGCCCAGCCGCAGACGUACUCCCAGCAGCAGUACCCCAACCAGCAGAGCUACCCUGGGCAGCAGCAAGGCUACGGGCCUGCCCAGGGCGCCCCCGCACAGUAUUCCAGCUACCAGCAGGGACAAGGCCAACAGUACGGAAGCUACCGUUCAUCUCAGACGGGACCAUCCGCUCAGCAGCAGAGGCCGUAUGGCUAUGAGCAGGGCCAGUAUGGGAACUACCAGCAGUAA